AUGGACAGGGCGAAGGAUGUCCUUAGAAAAAAGGGGCCGAAGGUGGCUGAAGCGGCCAAGAAGGCUGAGGAUCUCGCCAGAGACACAUGGCAACACUUCAAAACAGGUCCGAGUAUUGCUGAUGUCGCUAUAGGCAGAAUCGCUCAGGGAACGAAGGUCCUGGCAGAAGGAGGCAGGGAUAAGAUUUUCCGGCAUACUUUUGAGACUAUUCCCGAGGAGAAAUUGUUGAAGUCGUACCCUUGCUACUUGUCCACAUCUGCCGGCCCAGUUAUGGGAGUCACAUACCUCUCGAUGGCGAAGCUCGUGUUCUGUAGUGACGAUCCUAUGGCUUGCCAAGCCGGCGAACACACUGAAUAUAGUUACUACAGGGUGGUCAUUCAACGGCAUCAGUUAAAGGCGGUCGUCCCUUCAACAAGCACAGUCAAGCCGACUGAAAAGUACAUCCAAGUAAUUUCUAUCGAAAACCAUGAAUUCUGGUUCAUGGGAUUUCUUCACUAUGAGAGCGCCGUGAAGAAUCUCCAAGGAGCAGUUCCAACACCAGCGCCGCCCUAA